UUGAGAGUUCCGACGCAGAGCAGCUGCCAUGAAAUUCUAGACUCCGCCGUAGUAAAAAUGCUUUCAAGAAUACUACCACCAGGGGAGUUUUAUAACAGAUGCCACACCUAGAAGAGCUGAGUGCCCCCAUUCAGCCUUUCUGAUGAGCAGCCUUCCCUGAAGGUCCAUUUCUCUUGGUUCGGCUCUCUCCAGAUGAAUUACAUUGCAGUUCUUUAACAUGCUGCCUGCCAUGCUGGGAGUUGGAGUCCAACUCAUCUGGAGAGCACCAGCUUGGGGAAGGAUGCUAUUAUAUUGGGGAGCAGAUGUUCUUGUCCAUUUUGACUGAGCCAAUUAAAAGGUGCUGGUUGGGGGACUGCAAUACCUGAUGGGAAGUCUGAAGCCGGAAGUGGCACUCCAAGAGCACCAAUCAAGAUCUGGGACCCCUCCAGCUGCCACCUUCAAAGGACGGGCCUUUCCAAGGCGUUCGCACAGGGCAUGGGGAAGCAUGGACACACGAACCCCUAGCUUUCCGACGGGUGUGCCAUGGAGGGAGGCCAGGGCGCUCCAGCAGCAGGCAACCUGCCAGAAGGACAGGCAGCAACGGCUGGGUCAGGGGCAGCUGCCCUUGCAGCUGAAAAAGAGGGCUGCAGAAACACCCCUUCACCUCAAGAAAACCAGGAACUGGCAGAGCCUGCCGAUUCCUCAGGUGAGCAAGACACCCCAAAUCUCAACUCUUCCAUGACAACUAAGGAACUUCAGGAAUAUUGGAGGAAGGAGAAACGCAACUGUCGAGAAGUCAAAGUCGUUUUCGAAAUCCCAUCGGCUGUAAUUGUCGAGAAACCCUUCUCUAAAUAUGUGAAGUACCAAAUUCUCAUCGUCCAGACGGGAAGCUUUGAUAGCAAUCGAUCCAUGAUUGAACGCCGGUAUUCAGAUUUCGAAAGGCUGCACACAAAUCUUUUGAAGGAGUUCUGUGAUGAAAUGGAAGAUGUCACCUUUCCAAAGAAGACUCUGACGGGAAAUUUCACGGAGGAGAUAAUCAUUGAGAGGAAACUAGCCUUCCAAGAUUAUUUGCGGCUUCUCUACUCCAUGGAAUGCACACGGACAUCGAGAAUGUUUAUUGACUUUUUAACAAGACCAGAACUGGAGGAAGCUUAUGGGUGUCUUCGCGGAGGACAAUACAACAAAGCUUUGGAAGUCUUUCUGGAGACGGUAGCUCUGCAAGAAAAGCUCACCAAACAUAGGCCCGUGCUCUUGGUUCCCACUCUCUGUGCCAUCCUCGUGUGUUACAAAGAUCUGGAAAAUCUCAAAAGUGCCUAUGAAUUUGGAGAAAAGGCUUUGUCGCGUCUCAGUAAGCACCCUAGCCACCGGUAUCACAUCCCUCUGCUGGAAACCAUGAUCUCCUUAGCAUAUGGACUUGGCAAGGAUUUUGUAUCCUUCCAAGAGAAAAUGGAAGAGGAGGAGGCCAAGAAAUGUCAGAAUAAAGCGGUGACGUUGAAAGAACUUGCCGUUCGAGAGUACUUACAUUGAAGGAAAGAAGAACCACUGAGGUGGAACCAUGGAGAAAUUACUGGGUGGAGAAAGCACUGGAAUGCCAACACAGUGCCCUUUGGAUAGAAGUGUUAGGAGUCCUCCCUCUGGAAAAACCCCCAGUUUGUUGUGUAUAAAUUUAGGGACACCGGAAGUCGCUUCAAUACUGAGUCAGACCACUGGUAUAUUUAAGCCUUGUACUGUUGCCGCUGACCGGCAGCAGUUCUCCAGGGUAUAUCAGGGCCUUGCCCGUGCUGGGAAUAACUGCACAUACAAAUUAGGCCAGAGCAAUGCAGGAUUGGGCCCUCUCCUCAUGCAAUAGACCUUCAAAGGUUGGAGAAUUGGAUUCUGGUUCAGAUGAGAGGGGCUCAGAAUUGACAGCUGAAUUACAGAGGGUACUCGUCCCAGCGUUAAAGCAGGCAGUUGCAGGGGAUCGAACAGUUUUUGAUGCUGUGGGAAAGUUUAGCGAGCAAGCUGAGAAGGGAGGGCACAGACCCAGCUUCAUCCGUCUGAUCAUACGGGGUCAGGUUAAGAGCGGCGGGAGUGUGUGUGUGUGAGAAGUCUCAAUGGUUCCUUAAGCGGCACCCACCUUGAUGCUGGGCCAGCUUUUUCUUGUUUAGAAAGGAAAAUAUGUGUUCAGUUUGGAAUCAACAGCAAUACUCCUUUGUAGCUAGCCCAGCAGGUCCCUUGAGCAUAAAAAAGGACUUUUAGCGAGAAAGCAUUUGUCCUGAUCUGCUUGGAAGGAAGGAGGGGGAGAAGAGCCGCCAUGGCAUGCAGAUGGGUGAAAUUUUUAUUUGUUUGGUUGUUUUUAUGAGAAUUCACCAAUAUUUGCAAAACUCUUGGAAGAACUUUUAAACAAAGAAUGUGGCAGAAAGUGAACAUGACAGACUUGUUCAUCCCUUUAAACAGGUCUCCAAUUCCAGACAUCUAUGUAGAUAAUCAAAAUACCUCCAUAUGCAAUCAAUGACAAAGAAUGUGAUUUUUUGAAUAAACAUUACCAAAAUAAUAUUUAUUAACAAUGCUGCUCCCUCUCACCUAGAGGAGAAAAUGGUAUUUCCUUACUGAUAUGAUGCUGAAAUGUUCCUUUGCCAGUGGGGAAUUUUUAGGGGCAGAAACUGAAAUGCUUGAAGCAGAGCAGACUAAGGGUGAAAAACAGCCUUUGGCUUUGUAUCUUUCUUAUUUUCAGUGCCAUCAGUCCAGGAUUGCCAU